GUACAUUGCAGAUUAACCAUGCAGUCAUCUGAAAAACAGCAACAAGCAAUUCUGUGAACAUGCCAUAUUUCACCACUGAUUGAUCAUUGCUGCUUUAAGGAACAUGCUGUGAGAGGCCCGUCCUAUUGGAGAGAACAUUCUGUGCAAAGGGGCCUCCUACUCCUCUACAUGUGAAGAAGCUACUAGUAAACAUGGCCGUUAGCAGCAGCACAGUGUUUGACUGCAUUGUAAUAGGUGCUGGAAUCCAGGGCUCCUUCACUGCCUAUCACCUAGCAAAAAACCAACAGAAGACCUUACUGCUGGAACAGUUUCCACUUCCCCACUCCAGAGGCAGCUCCCAUGGGCAGACAAGGAUUAUCCGCAGAGCUUAUGCCGAAGACUUCUACACCUACAUGAUGGAGGAGAGUUACCAGCUGUGGGCAGAGUUGGAGAGAGAAUCUGGCAUCAAGUUGUAUAGGAAAACAGGACUUCUUUUGAUAGCACCAGCCGGGAAUGAAGAGUUUGAGUCUGUAUGUACAAAUAUGGCGCAAACCCAGACACCAUGGGAACAACUAACUCAAGAACAAUUAAAGCUGAAAUAUCCAGGACUUUUCCUGAAACCUGGAGAAGUUGCCUGCUGUGACUAUGACGGUGGAGUUCUGAGCGCUGAUAAGGCACUGCGGGCAGUACAGGAACAAUUCCAGAAAAUGGGUGGAGUCAUCAAAGAUGGGCAAAAAGUAAAGCACAUACAGCCAGGGCCUGUAGUUACCGUAACAACAACCUUCAGUGCCUAUGAGGCCAACAAAUUAGUGAUCACAGCAGGCCCGUGGGCCCAAAGGGUCCUUAGCCCUCUUGACCUUGAACUACCUCUAAAGACUCUGAGAAUUAAUGUGUGUUACUGGAAAGAGAAGAUUCCUGGGAGAUCUGGACUUUUGCAGAGCUUCCCUGCAUUCCUAGCCAUAAAUCUGAAUGGAGAGGAGCACGAGGUCUAUGGGCUGCCCUCCCAGGAAUAUCCAGGGCUCUUUAAGAUUUGCUUUCAUGGUGGAAAUGAGGCAGACCCUGAACAGCGGGAGAUUCCAGCCAAACACAUACAAAUCCAAGAUAUACAGAUACUUUGCAAAUUCAUUAGUGAAUACCUUCCUGGUUUGCACCCCGAGCCUGCAGUGAUAGAACAGUGCAUGUAUACGAAUACUCCAGAUAAUAAUUUUAUUUUGGACCAUCACCCACUUUACAAAAACAUCAUCAUAGGUUCUGGAUUUUCAGGUCACGGUUUCAAGCUCUCUCCACUAGUAGGGAAGAUUUUGAGUGAGCUUGCACUCGGGAAGCAGCAUUCAUAUGAUCUUAAGCCUUUCCAAAUCACUAGAUUCAAAACCCCAAUGCAAUCAUCGUUGUGAUACAGUACAGUAUUAAGAAAAAAAGAGGAUUCAGCUGUGAUAUCAUUAUCAUCAUUUAUAGAGGACACAAUGUUAUGUUAUGUUAUGUUAUGUUAUGUUAUGGAGUCUUUAUCAUAAAGGUACUGUUCACCUACAUUUCAACAGUAAGUUUGGGUUACAGUACAGUACUGUAUAUCAAUUGAUUUAUAAAAAAUAAUAAUAUGUAGUUCAAGAAAUUUUAGAAUCUUUAAUCAUGGUCCAGGGUAGAUCGAUCGGUAGUACUAUAAAUAGGCUGCGUACAGUAUGUUUGAUUAUGGCCACUGUAAUAGGAUGAUCGUUUUCUCACAUUCACUUAGCACGCCAUAUGCCAUCAUGCACUGGAGCUAAGAAACUUUUAUAGUAGCUUAAAUACAAUGAUUGAACCUAUAAAUAUAUAAAUAGCGCUAUGGAAAAUUAAAGUGAAUAGUAUUUGCUAAUAUUACAACUGAAGCAAUUUCACAAAGUGGUGGUACAUAUGCUAUGCAUACAGUAACAGAUAAUCAUUAACAGCCUAGCACUCUUCCAGGGCACUACCUCUCUUCAUCAGCCUUAUCUAACCAGGGGCAGCUAAUCUGAAAACAUACCUCAAAAGUCUGCAAGUCCUGCCUGCUUCUUGCAGGUAUGUCCACAGGCCCUGGCUUGGCUGCCACAGUCCCAUCUGGCCUGUGUCUUCAGAGAAGCAGAUAGGUGUGGUCACACCCCUUUUUAAACCUGUUGGAAAUCCCACCAUCACUGCAGAUUCAGUGGCUCAUCAACACCACCUAGCUUAUCUCAGUCUGUCUGUCUAUCUACAGUAUCAAAUUAUCUAUCUUUCCCUGGGUGUGGAUUAUUAGAUCUACAGUCAAUAGCUCAACCACUAAUGGUAGACAUGCAUUAGGUCGACCGGGUCAAAAGGUCGACAUGGAAAUGGUUAACACACAAAAAAGUAGACACAAUUUUUGGGCGUAUUUUUUGGGGUGUUUUGCCACUUUUCUGCCACAAACAAGCCCCAUUAGUGUACCACAUCCCCUCGCAUGGCUCGCUUCAUUCGCCAUGCUUGCUCCGCUGCUGCUGCACUUGGCAGAGGUCACUAUUCCCAAUCGUAGUCCACAUGGAUGGUAAGGUGUGAAAAAGUUUUUUUUUUUUAAACUUGGUGUGUCGACCAUUGUAAUGUCGACCUUUUGGCCCUGUUGACCUUUUGAACUGUAAACCUUUUACAUGUUGACCUUUUGACCCUGUCAACCUUUUGACCUAAUGCAUGUCUACCAUUAGUGUUUGACCUAUUGACUGUAGACCUUUUUAUUGUAUAUGUACAGACCAGUGACCCUAUCCACUUAACAUCCCUUAUUAUAAUUAUAAUAAUCAAACUAUAAUAUAUGAAAAGAUGAAAAGUUCUAAUGCUAUUACAUUAAAAUCAGCAUUAGUCUCCUUUUGUUGGAACCACCUUAAUUACUUAAUCAUAUAUGCCACCCAACUAUUGCAAAUAGUGUUGAAAGUAGAGAGCAUUCCUGUGCAGAUGCCGUAUUGUUCCAUGAGUGAGGCUUUAUUCCAUGUGCCAAGAUGGGCACCAACCUAAUGCUGCACAUAAGCAGUAUCUUGUCACUGUGUUAGGGCAUGAUUACCUACAAGAUAUUGCCUUCCAAACCACUGUUCCAGCACCACUAGGAUAAAAAAAAAGGGGCAAACUAGAUGGGCCAAGUGGUUCUUGUCUGCCGUCAAAUUCUAUGUUUCUAUGUUUCUAUCUACAUACACACGGUGCAAUGUUUGCUUAUGAUUUUGACUAUAUAGUCAAAAUCGUAAGAAAAGUUAGCAUAUAUCGCACCGUGUGUACGCGGCUUGCGAUACCGAUGCACGCUCCCAUGGGGUCAAGUAUAGUCAAAAUUGUAUAUAGUCAAAAUCGCAAGUAUAUGUAGUCAAUGGGGGGUAUUCAAUGCUUGUAUGAUCCUUUCCGUCAAUGCAGUAUUCAAUGAGCGGCUAAAUCCGCCAGGAUUUGGCCAUUCCCAACAAUGUCAACCAGCCUUUUUUAAAGUCGGAUUGACAUUGUAGGAACCGGGGCCAACACCUGUCAGAUUUUGCCGCGGAAUCCGACAAAACAUGUGGAUCCGCGGCUAAUCCACCGAUCCACAUGUUUUCCGACAAGUUGGAAUUGCCAAUUUGUCGGAUAGAAAAAGCAGCACCAUUGAAUAGGUCGGAACAGAUUCCUGCUCCGCUCCAUAACCAGAGUGUAUAUAACAGUGAGUACAGCUGUACACUGUAUAACAUUAAUAAACAACUCCAUUGGUUAAGUACCUGGGCCUUUUCAUAGUUUUAAGGCAUCCGCUGGUGUGUACUGAAACUCUGCCACUUUUUAAAGCCUUUACACACACAUUUCUAACAAAUAAGAGGUUGCACCCCAAUUCACCCCAGUCCAGGACAUGAUGAGUACCCACUGUCCAUAGGUGUUCAGUAGAACUGUGUGGAAGUUCUACUAUAGAACUCUUUAGUAGGAAGCUAUUUCAGCAUAAAGCACACAAUUCAGUGCAACACAACAUUCAGCUUCUAGUAACAGGUAUAUUCUGUAGUUGGGUGGCUUAUUUGAUUAAAGGGAUGCACAUAUUAAGGGGAUUAAUAAUAUUUGAAAUUGUAUUUAUCAUUGGAAAACAAAUAUUAGAUAUCUUGUCAGCCUUACUGCUACUUGUAGUUCUGUAGCAGUUGGAGAUCACCUAAUGUUAGAUAAAGCAAGUUGUAUUGGUAAAUGCAAUCCAAUGACAAGAAGUUGGUAUCAUUUAUCCUACUCCUGUCUCUGUAGUUAUAUGAUUUUAUAUUUUAGAUAUAAUGAAUUUCAAUGUUUUACAAUUAUAUGAUUAAUCAAAUAUGUCCUCUCUGGUAAAAUUGUAAAACUUAAUCAUGAAAAAUAUGUUCUAAAACUUAUAUAGAAUUGCAUUUCUUUGUCUGUGACCUUUUCCAUGAUAAAUAAAAUAGAACAUAAAUACUUCCUAUUUAAAUGCACCAAGAUCUAUCAACAACACUUUCUAAGCAUCAAAGUAAUACACAAUUGAUUUUUUUUAACUUUACGUUCUAACAGAGGAUAUGGCUCAAUCCACAUACAGUUUGAGCUAGAUUGCCUGUCAGAAUUGUGCAGGGUUUUUAUGUUACUAACAAAAUCGGCGAUUUGGCAAACCAGGGUUUAGCAUAUUGCCAGAUUUGUUUGCUUUAAAAAAAAGCCUGAAUUUUGGAUUCAUAUUGGGCAGUCUCAAUUCAUGCACUUUAGUGUACGGUUUGCACUUUAACAAACUGCACAUUGUACAAACUGCAUAGCAGCGGAUUGAGGGGGAGAUUCAGAGAUGGACACUGGCAAUAGUGCGCGUGCACGACAAUUACUAUGCGAUUGCAUCACAGAAGGAUAUGAUCGCAUAGUGAUUGACAGCCGUGGGCGUCGGGGAGGGGGGCAGCACCGCGGCAUUUACUAGGCAUGGCCUGGACAGUGCAAGUAUGUCUGGACCAUUUUCCGGAUGGCUGUGUGACAUCACAUGCAGCUGCUCCGAUAAAAAAAAUGUUGCAGGACUGCCUGCCAGUGCAGUCAGAGAUCGACCGUAAAUCGAUGCUUGUGGACACAUCGUGGGAUGGCGUCACACACAUGCUGGGCGCCCCCCCAGCGUGUGCGUAGAUGGAUGCAGAUCUGGCUGCGGAAAGCAAGAUCUGUGUCCAUCUCUGAAUAACCCCGAGUAAACUGCACUCCAGCAAAUAUACUACUUAGGGGGUCAAUCCAAGUUGAUCUCUCGCUGCCCAUUUUCGCAGCGCAGCGAUCAGGUGAAAAAACUGCAUUUCUGCAUAUGCCCCGCAAUGCACACGCGCAACGUAUGGGUACAAAGCUCUUUGUGGUUGUGCUCAGGUACUAGCAAAGUUUUCCUUCGCACUGGCGACCGCAAGAAGAUUAACAGGAAGGGGGCAUAACUGGGUGUCAACUGACCAUUUUCAGGGAGUGUUUGCAAAAACGCAAGUGUGGCUGGGCGUUUUCUGGGCGGGUGUAUCAAGUCAAAUCCGGACACGAAUAGGCUGAAGUGAUCGCAAGCGCUGAGUAGGUUCAGAGCUACUCUGAAACUGCACAAACUGUUUUUGUAGAGCUCGGCUGCACAUGCGUUCGCACUUCUGCUAAGCAAAAAUACACUCCCCAGUGGGCGGCGGCAUAUCAUUUGCACUGCUGCUAAAAUUAGAUAGCGAGCAAUCAUCUCGGAAUGACCCCCUUAGUCCCUGUCCACAGUGCUGAAUUUCCUAUUAUAAUCAGCAAUAGUUUCUAUGUGAAUCCAUUCCCCAGUGUCGACGUGGCCCAUGUAAUUGGAUAAAUGCAACACAGCAAAAACUAAAUUAAUAUCUGCAAUGACAACACCAUGUCAUUUUCUAUAUUUACUUAUGAUUUAUUAAGAGUAUCCUGUACACUUGACCAGUUUAAGGGGUAAUUAGGACUGAAGUUAAGAAUUACAGUUCCAAGCUCUGGUCAUUUAUAAUCCCAGAUAAUGAAUAAAUCCAGCAAUUGAUUCCACCAUUAGCAUAAAGCUGCUUAGAUGAUUUCGGUAAGUGAGCGCUUUUUUUCUGUAGUGUUCCCCAGAUGUGUACUGUUUGUACCACUGAGAGCAAAUGCUGGUAUUAAAUCCACAUCUUCUAGCCCAUAGUCAUACAUUUUAUUUAUAAGACACAGAGAAAGCUAUGAGGAUAAACCUAUAUCUCUCAGCUUAGCAAAAUAGAUAGUGUUUAAACUACAUGUAAAGAAUUCCCUUUGCUACACUUUAAUUAUACAUAGCAGCUGUGUAAGAACGAUGAAAGCAAAAUGCAUGUUUACGAGGAGAGGUUAUAGUCCUGAUACAGGCAUAUUUCCAUUUCUUCAUUAGCACUUUCUCUCUUUUAUGUUUCCUCUUCUCUCCUCCCUUCCAUCCUUCAUUGGAUUCCAACCUGAAUUCCUUAUUAGUGUCUUCCUGGAGGUAUCCUGCAUCGGGAAUUGAUCACAUUAAUAGCCCCACUCUACACCAUGACUCUCACUGGUAGAUUUCACGGCCUAGUCACACUGAAAAUGUCCUGAUUUCACGCAUUGUAGCAGAAUGAAAAGAAGCAAAUUCCUAAUGGAAACUCUCUUGUAUGGCCCCAUAGCAUCCUGUCAAGGUUAUUCGCUGCGACUAAUAUCUGGAAACAGAAAAAACGGCAUAUCAUGUAAAAUUACACACGUACUAAAAAAUAAAGCUCGCAAGUGAUGGCUCAAGGAUAUUGUACACAAAACCUUAAUCCUGUCACGAAAUAAUCUAAAAAUAUAUUACAUUGCAUGAUUUCAUCAUAUAUACAGUAAGUGGGAUAUUGCUGGCAUGAGCAUUAUUAGUAGGAAAGAUGUUUAAGUCAGGUAGUCGGGGGGGGGGGGGGAGAGGGAGACGUUAGCAAAUUUAUCAGGUACAGUGUGAUGUUAGUGUAUUAGAAUGCUUAAUAUUUGUAGACACUCCCUUACUAACAUGUGUAAGCAUGAAUCUUCAGUGAUGGUCCCUAGGACCAGGGGGAUGCUGGGCAGUGGGUGGUCCAGUGUGCAGUGUGCCUGUAGUUGGUGAUGGAAUAAAGCAGCACAGCAGUGAACUCACAUGUCUCUGUGUCCUGAUGACUGGAUUUACAAACAUAUGAACAAAACAUGGUGUCAGAAGAAGUUUAACUUGGACUGCUAGUGCUCUCAGAGUGUGACAGAAUCCUGCAGCAGUCUGUAAGGCUGUGAUACUCUGUCUGCAAAGCCUGCCGUGUGCUCCUCUCUUCAAACAGUGAGUAACCAUGGAUAAACUAGCUCCUCCAACCGGCAUGCUGAUGUCUGGUAACUUGUCUGAAAACUGGAAAAGAUUUAAGCAAAGGUUUAAUAUAUAUUUUGCUGCAUGUGGAGCUGAUACAGAGGCUGACAAAACAAAGGCAUCCAUUUUCCUCCAUGUGAUAGAGGAUGUGCUGGACAUUUAUAAUAGUUUUCAGUUUGCUGAGGGGCAGAAUAUGGUGCUAUCUUCUAUAAUGCAAAAGUUUGAAGAUUACUUUGUGCCAAGGAAAAAUGUGACAUAUGAAAGAUAUAAGUUUUUCACAUGUGAUCAGAAGUCUGUAGAUGGAUUUGAUCAGUAUGUUACAGAGCUGCAAUCACUCAGUAAAACCUGCGAGUUUGGUGAUUUAAAGUAUUCACUGAUUAGAGAUCGUAUUGUCUGUGGAAUACCUGAUAAUGGACUCAGAGAGAGACUGCUGAGAGAGCAAGACCUAACACUAGACAGGGCAGUGACUAUGUGUAGAUCUGCAGAAAUAACUAGAUUUCAAGCCAAAAAGUUACACAAGGAAGUUGAUGCUGCUGUCCAUGUAGUGCAGAACACAGAGCUAAGCAAACCUUCAUUCUCAAGAAUGAAGCAGUCUAAGCCACAGUCUAAUAAGGAAAUGUGUAGUAGAUGUGGAAAUGCUCACAAUCCUAAAAUGUGCCCGGCUUAUGGUAAAACCUGCAUGAAAUGUGGUAGACUUAAUCACUUUGCCAAAUGCUGUAAAAUUAAAAGUGAAACAACCAAUGUGCAUGCUGUUAAACAAACAGAGGAAUUCUUUGUGGAUUGCAUUGGACUUUGCAGUGCAGAUAAGAAAGAAUGGAUUGUCCCUUUAACUGUGAACAAGAUUGUCAUUCCCUUUAAGCUUGAUACUGGCGCGCAGGUGAAUUUAAUAUCGUUUCAAGACUAUAAGACUUUUAGAGUAAAACCUAAAAUUCAUCCAGCCAAAGUGAAAGUUACAGGGUACACUGGGGAGGAAAUUCCUGCGAAAGGUACAUGCUUAGUGACACUGAAAUAUAAGGGACAACAGUUUAAAACAUCUCUACUGAUUGUGGAUAAAAAUGUGCAACCGAUUCUAGGAUUAAGUUCCUGUGAGAAACUAAGCUUGCUAAAGAAAGUUUUUAUGGUGACAUCACAAGUAGAAGAUGACUGCAAAUCGAUGUUUACAGAAUACAGAGACUUGUUUGAAGGUCUAGGUUGUUUGCCUGGAGAGCAUAAAAUAAAUAUAGACACGAAAGUUUCUUUAGUGAUACACCCCUGUAGAAAAGUGCCGUUUGCGCUGAGAGAAAAACUGAAACAAGAGUUACAUCGCAUGGAAGCCUUGGGUGUGAUACAGAAAGUUGAUGAGCCUACUGAAUGGGUAAGCUCCUUAGUAAUUGUUGAAAAGAAAAAUGGACAACUCAGAAUAUGUCUAGACCCCAGAGAUUUAAACAAAGCUAUUAAAUGAGAACAUUUCAAACUACCAACCAGAGAUUAAAUCAUGUCGCAAUUUGCGGGAGCAAAAUGGUUCAGUAAAUUGGAUGUAUCAUCAGGAUUCUGGCAAAUGAAUCUAGAUGAGGCCAGCUCAAAGCUUUGUAUAUUUAAUACACCAGAAGGUCGAUACAGAUUUCUUCGACUACCAUAUGGAAUAUUGUCUGCUCCAGAAGUAUAUCACAAAUAGAUACACAUGAUUUUUGAACAUAUUCCAGGUGUUGGAACAAUGAUGGAUGACAUUAUUGUCUGGGGAUCUACAAAGGAAGAACAUGAUUCUAGAUUGAGACAAGUAAUGGAACUUGUUAAGAAAGUGAAUCUAAAGCUAAACAAGGACAAAUGUGAAUUUGGCGUGAAUACACUUACCUUUAUGGGCGACGUGGUCUCGGAUCAAGGUGUAAAACCAGACCCAAGGAAAAUAUCAGCCAUAGUGAACAUGGAACGUCCUAACAACAAAGACGACAUCAGAAGAUUCCUAGGAAUGAUUACUUACUUAGGAAAGUUUAUUUCUCAACUCUCUGAACGAACAGCAUCUCUUAGAUGGUUGUUGGACAAAGAUAACGAGUGGAUGUGGUCACAUGAACAAGAAGAAUGUUGGCAAAACUUGAAACAGAUCAUUACAGAGCAACCAGUGCUAAAAUUCUAUGACCCUGCGAAAAGAAUAAGAAUUUCAGCAGAUGCUUCGCAAUUUGGCCUAGGCUCAGUGCUGUUACAAGAACAUGAGGAUACAUGGCAACCAGUAAUCUAUGCAUCAAGAGCACUGACAAGUGCUGAAACAAGGUAUGCUCAGAUAGAAAAAGAACUUCUAGCGAUCACAUAUGCAUGUGAGCGAUUUCAUCAGUUUGUGUAUGGUCAAACAUUUACAGUGGAAACUGACCACAAGCCAUUGGUAGCUAUCAUUACUAAAUCAUUACAUGACUGUCCCAUGAGAAUUCAACGAAUGCUUAUCAGACUACAGAAAUAUGAUGUACACUUGCUGUACUGUGCCGGCAAAUACAUGUACAUUGCUGAUACACUUUCUCGUGCUGUGGACAAAAGUGAAGGUUCCAAAAGUCUGAUGGAUGAAGAGAUAGAAGUCUAUGUUAAUUUGAUCGUAGCUUCUCUACCAGUGUCUCUUGCAAGACAAGAACAGAUUAGGAAAGAAACUGAGACAAAUGACACAAUGAAAGUGUUGAAAGAUAUCAUUCUGAAAGGUUGGCCAGCAGAAAAACAUGCGUGCCCGCUGUCUAUUCAUGGUUAUCGGAUGUACCGCAGUGACCUUACAGUUGUCGAUGGUAUUAUUUACAAAGGCAAUAGGUUUGUAAUACCUGCACGACUAAGAAAAACUAUGCUAUGCAAGAUACAUGAAGGCCACUUAGGAGAAGAAAAAUGUAAGCGUAGAGCGCGUGAAGUUAUGUAUUGGCCAGGAAUGAACCAAUACAUAGCACAGACUACAGCUACAUGUGAAUUAUGUCUUACGUAUAGACCGAAACAACAAGUUGAGCCACUGAGUCCUCACGCAGUGCCAGAGAGACCGUAUCAGAAAGUUGGCGCAGAUUUGUUUGAUUGUAAUGGGAAAACAUAUAUUGUCGUGACUGAUUAUUACUCUAACUACCCUGAGGUGAAGACACUACAUACAACUACUAGUAAAGCCGUAAUCAAUUGCAUGAAGUCAAUCUUUGCAAGGCAUGGUGUUCCUAUGGAAGUGUUCACUGACAAUGGUCCUCAGUUUUCCAGUGCUGAAUUUAGACAAUUUGCUGAUGAGUGGGAAUUUGUUCAUACUACGUCAAGUCCCCACUAUCCACGCUCAAAUGGGUUGGUGGAAAGUAAAAACUGUAAAGCGUCUCAUGAAAAAAGCUCAAGAAGGUAAAGAAGAUUUCUACAAAAGUCUUUUAAUCUACCGCAGUACACCUUUACAGAAUGCACUUUCUCCUGCACAAAUGCUGAUGGGAAGGAGGAUUAGCGCAAAUCUCCCGAUACAUGAUGAACUGCUUAAUACACAUAACUCAGCGUUGGUCAGACUGAGUAAGGAACAUCAACAGGCGAAACAGAAACUGUUCCAUGACAGACGAACAAAACGCUUAUCUGAUCUAAAAUCGGGUGACCAAGUCCGUCUCAGAGAUCACGAGAAAGGUAUUUGGGUGCAGAAAGGUAUUGUGCAAGCACAAGUAGCACCAAGAUCUUAUACUAUACGUACAGAGCAUGGAACGGAAGUAAGAAGAAAUCGGGUGGAUUUAAGAUCUCAACUUAACCAUAAUGAAGACAACAUGACUGAUGAAUACACUUCAUCUGACAUGUAUGAUAAUCCUCAUAAUGGUGAACAAACCACGAUUCUAGAAAGGUCCAACAUGGUCGAUGAAACACAGACUGUGUAUGAAAGACCCAAAAGGGAAAUACGCAGACCUGAGAGACUCAUUGAAACGUGUUAGAUGAUGUUCUUAAUAUGAUGUUGUUAAUUGUUGCAUUGAAACGUACAGGGCUUAUCUUUAAAGAAAAGAGGAUGUGAUGUUAGUGUAUUAGAAUGCUUAAUAUUUGUAGACACUCCCUUACUAACAUGUGUAAUCCUGAAUCUUCAGUGAUGGUCCCUAGGACCAGGGGGAUGCUGGGAAGUGGGUGGUCCAGUGUGCAGUGUGCCUGUAGUUGGUGAUGGAAUAAAGCAGCACAGCAGUGAACUCACAUGUCUCUGUGUCCUGAUGACUGGAUUUACAAACAUAUGAACAAAACAUACAGUAAAACCAAAUAACAGGGGCUGAUCUUUAAAACAAGAUUAAAGAGAGAGAGAGAGACAGGCCUUGCACUACCAUUAGGCAGCUGCCUAGGGGCGCCGCUGAGUCUAUCAAACAAAAAACUGAAGGUUAUCUCUUUCACACUGCGCUUCCAUGUAUGCAGCAGCUAUAGCUGGGGAUAUGGGUGGGGAUAAAGACUGCAUCUAUUUGGACUUCCAGGACCAGGAAGACUGUUCCAGGGACGCCUGAGGUUUCUCUGGGUUCAUGCGCUAUUGUCUACCUGUUGUAGACUAUACCAUCUCGUAGGAGUCCAUUUACCUGCAUUGCUACUGUGAAUUCUAUCAUUUUGUUUCAUGUGCUUAUGUCUGUAUGUGGCAGACCUAUCCAUUCGGUAGGAGUCUGACCGAUUGCUGUAUUUUAAAUAAAUAUCUGUGUGGUUUUACACUA